AUGGACAACUGUGAUUUGGAGAAGUUAUCUGUGUCUGUUGGGAAGCUCCUUCCUGCUUUCACACCACAAGUCACAGACUACAGAGUGACGGUGGAGAGCAAUGUGAACAAAGUGAGUCUGAAGCUGAUCACCAGUGACUGUGGAGCUUCAUACAAUAUUCUUUGUGGAGAUGGUUCCAGCACCAUUAACCUGAAUGAUGGGUUAACCAGAGUGGACAUCGAGGUGAUAGCAGAGGAUGGCACCGUUAAGAAAUACUGUGUGGAAAUCACCAAGCUGUCUGCAAAGAUCGCAGCACUCAGUGAUCUGGCUGUGGAUGGAGAUAUUCCACGUCUUGUUCCAUUUCAUUGUAACGCGGUGACCCUGCUUCCCAAGGUGCCGGACCGAAACAUAAAAGUUGCAGUGAAUCGGGGAGAGAGCUCACAGCCAGUCCCUCUGAAUUAUGGAGACUCUGUGGUGGAGAUCUCAGUCCGUUCAGCAGAUGGCAGCAAUUCACAGGUGUACACACUGCUGGUGACUCGAGAGCUGAUUCCCAUGGCUGUGACCUUCACUGAUGGGAAGCAGCAGCUGGACUACGAAUGUCCAGUAUCUCUGACUGCCUUUUAUAGACCCAUAUCUAUCAAGCACAGUGACCCAAAGCACAUCUUCUCAAGGCCUUAUAUUGAGAUGCUGGCACGCAGAUCAAAAGUCGACCCACUUAGCGACAGUCCGCUGGGAGACGGCUGGAAGGUUGUUGAAAUGGACCUCGACAAGAAGAUGUCGGAUGCUCUGGUCAAGUGCUUUUUUAAUUACAGAGGAUGUAUCAGUGAGAUGAAGCUGAGUGAGCUGGGGUCACACUCCCUGGACUGUCCACACAGGCCCACAGGGGAGCUGGAUGCAAAGGAUGUCACAGAGACUGAUUGGUACAAGAAGCAUUUUGCAUCAUCCAGUUGUUUGGAGAUCGACACUAUACACACUUUGGAGGUGCGUAACUGGGAGAAAAGACUACAAAUUACAGAAGGAGAAGACAGUGUGGAGGAACUGUGUGCCUCGGCCCAGGAUCACCUGAAACUCUACCGCCAACGCCUGCCUAAACCCGGGGAUGUGUUGCAGUAUGAGGAUGGACAGUCUCCUCUGUACAGCCUGGAGCAGGCGGCUGUCCUCCAUGCAUCAGCCAUCAGACUCAGCUCCAGAGAGGCCAGACUCCACUUCCUGCUGGGCCUCUCUCUGGAGGAGCAGCACUAUGCCACCGAGAUGUACGGCCUCCGCAGGAAGGCUGAAAGAGGCAGAGAUGAACUGAGCGAUGCCAAGUCGACGGCCCGUCAGGACGACAUCCUGGCGGUGUGUAAGCUCCAUGGAUUCCUCGGCAGGCCCACGGUGGAGAACCAGCUGCAGGCCCUGGAUAAAGAGUAUCAGCAGCUCAGAGACCAGGGCCAGUCUGGCAGAGCAGACUACGUUCAGACGCUCUAUAUCUGGCUCUCUAAGAAAUCUGGCAAGGACAGCAGUGCAGCGGUGCGGGAUGAAGGGAGUGGUCUGCACCGCGCCCUGAUGAAGUACCUGGACGCCUGGUCUCUGAGUCCUGACAGCUGGGAGUUCAGCCUCCACACAGGGAGGCUGCUGCUGCUGCAGGGGAGGGGGGGCGAGGCCCUGCAGCACCUCCAGAGCGGCCUGGCCCUGCGCCCGCUGCACCCUGCUCUCAGAUUCUUCACCGGGCUGGCUCUGCUGCACCAGGAGCAGAAAGCCUCUGAGGACACAGAGAAGGAGGCUGCUCUGCUCUUACACCAGGGACUGGAGCACUUUGUCCGACAGCGCUGCAGCAAGAGCAGGGUGGAGCAGGACCCAUCGGACCCUCUCUCUAGCCGCAGCACUCAGUUCCUGCGAGGCCUUCUCACUCUGGGUCAGCUGCAGCAGAAACACACUCUGUCUUUGCAGGCCAUGAGCGCGGAGCAGGUCUAUCACAUUGUAGCAGUGCUGUCUGCCCAGAGUGUGAGUCAGUGUGUGUGUCGUGGCGAGGCGGUGGUGCAGCUGGAGUGGGUGCUGCUGGAUGCUCAUUUCGCCCUGCUGCAGAGGCUGAUCCAGGAUCAGGCUGGCAUGGAGAGGCAGUCCCUGGUGGCCAAGAGAUGCCAGGCCCUCACUGCACUCAUACGCCUCGCCUCCAUCGCCCCCUGUCAGGAGCUGCUGGACAUGCAGGAGAGGGUAUGUCAGCUGGCAGUGUUGACGACCCCGAGGGACAGCCCCGCCCUCUGUCUCCUGGGCCGGGCACAGCUGGCUCAAUACGACAACAACCCAAAUUCAGAAAGGUCAAAGGAAGCCUUACGUGACGCCUGCCUCAGCUUCCAGGCCAGCAUUGAGCUGGAACACAAGACGCUGAGCGGAGAGCCACUGGAGCAGCUGACCAAACAAAAGUGGUGGCAGGAGCGGCAGGAAGCUGCGAAGCCCUCGAUCAGCCAACCAGGGGGGGUGAAGGGACCCUCUGACACCGGGGGGGCCAGGAGAGGAGCAAAGCAGAGCAGGGGGGGGCCCGGUCAGAGGCGGGGGGCAGGAGCUGGGACCAAAGCUCCUGCCCCCCCCGGCCCCCCCAGCCCCCAUCAGGGGAGGGAGAGCCGCCCAGCCUGCAGCCAGAGCCCCUGCAGCCAGGGGGAGAGCUGGAGCAGCAGCCAAGCCAGACAGAUCAGCUAAACCCUCCACCAGCAUCACUAAACCUCAGCUCCCCACCAGCAGCUCUCAGCAGGAAGGUCAAUCAAAUAGUGUUAAAGCAG